GGAGAAGGGACUGAGUGAACAUGGAGAAUUGGGUUACUGAUUUCUAACUGUGGGUUGGGUAAUAAAUCUGUUGAUUAGUAUUAGUAUAUGCAGGUCUUAUAGAAUACAGAACAUUAUAUUGUGAAGCAAAAACCUUUCCUAGUGCUAAAAGGGUUUAAAAUUUUCUCCAAGGGAGAAAGAUGCAGCGUGUCCGAGUUUCAUCCGAGCAAUCUCCAGUACAUAGGCUAGGAGAUUCCCAAAUGACAUUAUCACCCAAGUUUAGACUGGCUUUAAUCCAGACACCUUCUUUCCUGUCUUCAUCUUCAGAAAUGGAGCUCUCAUUGGAUGGAGUACCUCUCAUUCCUGGCCUUCCUGACGAUAUUGCCCUCAACUGCCUCCUCCGGCUGCCAGUUGAGAGCCACCCAGCUUGCAGAGCUGUAUGCAAGCGAUGGCAUCUGCUGUUACAAAAUAAGGAGCGGUUCUUCACCCGAAGAAAGGAGCUAGGCUUCAAAGACCCGUGGCUCUUGAUCUUAGCCUUCAACAAAUGCACAGGAAAGAUCCAAUGGCAGGUCCUAGACCUCACCAGCUACUCAUGGCACACCAUCCCAGCCAUGCCUUGCAAGGACCGCGUAUGUCCUCAUGGAUUUAGAUGUGUUUCCAUUCCCCAUGAGGGUAUCCUCUUUGUCUGUGGGGGCAUGGAGUCUGAUAUGGAAUGCCCCCUUGAUCUCGUCCUAAAAUAUGAAAUGCACAGAAAUCGUUGGACUGUGAUGAACCAGAUGCUCACUGCAAGAUCUUUCUUUGCUAGUGGAGUGAUUGAUGGCUUGAUUUAUGCUGCUGGAGGGAACAGCACAAAUCUUUUUGAGCUUGACUCAGCUGAGGUUCUUGACCCCAUCAAAGGGAAUUGGCGUCCCAUUGCGGAUAUGCGCACCAACAUGGCAUCCUAUGAUGCUGCAGUUCUAAAUGGAAAGCUUCUAGUGACUGAAGGCUGGAUUUGGCCCUUCUUGUUCUCUCCUAGGGGUCAGGUGUAUGAUCCUAUAUCUAACAAUUGGGAGAGUAUGGCUGUUGGGCUAAGAGAAGGCUGGACAGGUUCCAGUGUUGUGGUUGAUGGCAAUUUGUUUGUGGUUUCUGAGCAUGAGAGAAUGAAGGUGAAGGUUUACGAUGUGGAAACUGAUUCCUGGGACACAGUUACAGGUCCCCCUGUACCAGAGCAGAUAUGCAAGCCUUUCUCGGUGAAUUCCAAUGACCGCAGGAUCUAUGUUGUCGGCCGCAACCUUCAUGUUGCAGUGGGUCACAUCCAGUGGCAGAGCAUCAUUUGCAGUUCUGGGAAGAAGCAGAGAUUCUUUGUUCGGUGGCAGGUAUUGGAAGCACCAGAAGCCUUAAAUGACUUAACACCAUCUAGCUCUCAGGUUCUUUUCGCUUAGAUCUUUUUUCUUUUUCCUGAAAUUUUUGUUUCUUCUCGAAUGAUUUGUGAUCAUUGAUUUCCCGAGCUGUAAAAUUGUAUAAAUUAAGAACUGUACAUUUUUAUUAGUUAUUUUGACUACUCGUUGCUACAAUAAUGAAUGAUGUUACUCAGUUUACCCCGAGUUUGUUUGAUAUUUCUU